AUGUCGUCGUCAUGUCGAUAUGAUCUCAUUGUGUGUAUCGUAGCUAUCCAUUCUCAUCGAGCCUAUUGCUGGCAAAGUCACCAAAACUCUCGAGCAUUUGAUUUCUCGGUACCUUCCAGAUUCAAUCGUAAUGGGCACGAGAGGCCAGCGCAGCAUGAUGCAAGAGGCAAUUUGAUAUACCUCGCUCUCAUAACAGAACGUAUGCCCAUAAUCUCAAAGUUCCUCUCUAACCAUAUCGACCCAAGCACACCUCCAUUUGUUUUCGGGGAAGUAUUUGACGUCCCUCGACUCAUCGAGGAUCCAGAAAGUCAGGUUCUCGAUGAUCUUGGUUGUUGGACUAUCUGGGAAACCGUUCAACAGCACAUCGAGAUUCCUGAACCACGACGAAGUCCUCUUAUGAACAUGCUCAAGCACGACGUUUCGUGGAUGCGAACUCCAGCUUGGGUCGAUCUGACACCCCCUAGCGUAUAUCACAAUCAUGCAUCCUUUUGGUCUCUCGCCUCACUUGGGUUUGCAGAAACUCGUUCGAAAAGCCUGGGAUUAUCAUUAACGAAUCGUCAUUCUCCUCAGCACCAGGUUUCCCUUCCUCCGGACGAUCACAUAUAUUUCUUUUACUACAUAAGCGCUCAUCAUACAUGGGACUGCCAACACAUGCGAUGGACUGCAAGCAUGGAAAAUAUUGUCGAUGCGCAUGCCCGACGCGCCAUGAAUGAACCAACACCUCCUCAAUGCGAGGAGUUUUCUGUGGAUCAGUGCUUCGCCCCGUUGUCUGUCAUUGCGCGCAGGUUGUCUGAGGUGCAAGAAGAGCUUCGGACACAAAAAGGGAUUGAGGCCACGCAUGUUAUCAUGACGAGCGACGAAAUGGACCCGGAAUGGUGGUCAGAUGUUGGGGCGUUGGGGUGGACGUGGGUAGAUUAUGCAGCGGAACGGACAGAGGAUAUCUAUGGAAAAUGUUCUGGCUUUAUUGGCACUCGUGGUUCCACGAUGUCCACACUAGCUGGCCCCAGAGUACAGUCGUGA